CACCUCAGAGAGUGUACAUCGAUAGCGAUAUGUCUGUUGAAAAAAAUCUGGACCCCGAUAACGCAGAUACGUUUCAAAAUGGAAUGAAUGAAAAAGAGAACGGAAAGGAUGUGACGGACGAUCAAUUACCAAAAGAGUGGUCCAAUACGAAGGAUAUUUGUUCGCUGAACGAUUGGUUGAACUCGAAUAAGAAUUUUAAAGGGGAACAGGAUAAACGAGGAGAUCGAUGGAUGCACGACUACGAAUCCGAUCAAGGAAAUCAACUUAAUCCAUUAAAAACGGACCCUCGAGUCAACGCGAGAUACCAACGAGACGAAGCGAAGAAAGCGGAAUCGCCGUCUUUGGAAUCGCUUAAAGAAACUAUACUCGAACUGAAGAAGAGUUUGAACGAAGACGAGAAGAGGGAGCACCAAGCAAGAGUAAAAGAGAAAGAGGACGUUAAAGAACGAAAUACUCGAGCCAAGAAUAAACACGAAAAACACGGAAAGGAUACAGAAUCUUGGUGGGACAGCUCAGAGCCGGAAGUGGCCGAUUUAAAAAAGCGAGAACAAGAUCCUGAUGAUUUCAGCGACAAGAAUGUUCACCCAAAUGCGUGGAGAAAGAAGAGGACCGAGGCUAAUAACGACGACGAUAGCCGAAAAUUCUUCCACAGAGCGGGGUUUGGGGAGUCGUACCUUGAAGAGGAAGCUCUAAAAGCGCUUCAUGACCGCAAAAGACGCAGCAAAGGAACCCCGACUGACGAGAAACAUCAAUCAAACGAAUCUUGCGACGACAAAAACAAUUUGUUAACCGACGAGAAUGAUUCGUUAAAAACAUCGAAGGAAAUCGAUUGCCACGAUCUGGAUGAUCUCAACAAAAAAGAAUCGAACGAUUUGCAAACUAACUAUGCGAUCGAGCAAGGUAGCAAACCGACGAACAAUUUUCCAGAUACCUCGAGUUCCGUCUUCAACGGUAGAGGCUCGGGUGUGGCUGAAAAUUGCGAGCAGGGUAAUCGGAUGGAAAAUAAACUGACGAAGAACGAAGGAAAGGAUUCUUUGAGAAUGUUUAGGUCUAAACCGAACGAAUUGCAGUCUGUUUCGGAUCAAACUUCUACCCUGGACAAAGAUGACAAGGAAGAAGAAGCGAAAACGCAACGAGAGAAAGCGUUCGAAUUUGCAGACCGUCCGUAUCCAAAUAACGAUGGAAUAAACGCGGGUCAAAGAACCGAGGAAUCCGACGAAAAUCAUGGGAAACUGUUGCCCGAGAAAAGGUCACCACAAGAGUCGGGGAAUAUUAAUAUUCUUCUGAAAUCGGAGAAGAAAGAUCUGAUCAAAUUUAGCAACGGCGGUCCCAACGAGAACUCGGGAAUUAAAGGUGAACGACAGCCGUACGUGUUCAACAGAUUCGACAUAAGGAAGAAAAUGUACAUGGAGAACGAAGAGAAGCCUGGAAAAUCAGUGGCCACGGUGUAUAACGUGAAAAUCGAGAAAGCACAGGUCGAUGCGCCUGUCAAGGAUAAAAGCAAACGGGAAGGGUCGGAAAGGGAAAAGCAAAGUCCGUUUAGUUCACUCAAUUUUGGAAAAGAUAAGGCCGACGAAUUUGAUGAAAACAAGCACGGCUUAAUGAGUGAUAUGAAUGAGAGAAACGUUGAUGAAGGAAGAAUCGAAAAUUCUGUCGAGAUUAACAAAGGAUCAACGGAGAGAAGCGAAGGAACGCAAAACUGGUACAAGAAUCAUAAUCAGUUUAGUACGAUAUACAAAAAUUCAGCGGAGAAGGAUCAACUUGAAAACAAAGAAGAAAACUUGAAUGAUAAGAAAAUAAAAGAAGCAUCUGUUCGAGAUUCUAAUGAUAAAAUAAACGAUGCAAGUAAUCUUGCCGACAAGUCAACUGAACACGAAGAGAAGAAUAAAAGGAAGUACACGCAGAUAGUGAUAGUGCCCGAUGGUUUGGAUGAUCGGAAGCUAAGCGACAUGUACGGUCAGAGAAGAAUACUUCAGUACAUGGAAUACUCGGACGACGACAUCGAAGACGCUGACGCGAGUUACAGCGACAAGGAGGAGGAAAGUCAACGUCAAGAUAUUGCUGAAAAAAGUGACGCGCCAUCGAAACGGAGAGAACGAUCCGCUGUAAGCCAGAAAGAAAGGGCGAAAGUGAACGUACUGAUUAAACAGAAGCUGGAUAAGAAGAAGCAAAAUCUUCGCGGUACCAUGAGGAAAAGACGCAAUCCAGUAAGCGUGAUCGAGUAUUACGAUUACGAUAGCGAUAACGAGCAACCGGAACACGAGACCGAUGAACAAGAACGAAUUAAAACUAAUUAUGACAAGAACCCUAUCGAAUCCGAUUUGGUACUCGCGGACACCGAAGUCAAGCAUACUCUCAUACCGCCCGCCACGAAAAAGGACGAGCACGAGGCAGAGAUGCGCAAGCAGGAGAAACUAAACAAGAAACUACCGAAACAGCAAUUCAUCGUAUCCGGUACUGAAUCUCGGCCUAAAAACGUGACAGAGAAAAUGGAGGAAGGACUUGCACGUUACUCGACGGAAGGUUCCUCUCUCGUGAGCCAACAGAUACAGUCGGGAAGAUUAAAUCAAGGUGAAGACAACGUGAACGCCAUUAGUCGCGGGAGGUUAAAUCAACCGAUCUCGGAAAGGGAAGAUAAAUUCUUGGAGGGUGGUUCGAAGGAUUCAGCAACGUACGUCUUCAACAAGGACCAGCAGUCGAAUCCCGACAUGAUCGAUGAGUUUUUAGAGGAUAUUCAAUCGAUGGAUGAGAAAAACGACAAAGUGUCCAACAAUUUUGAACCGCUGUACGAAGAGUUGAAGAAAAUAUACGAUUGGAAUCAGGACGACUCAUCCAACGAACAAGAUGUCCGAAUCGUACACGGGUCAAAUCGAGCUUCCAGAGACUCAAGCGUGGCACUGAAAGUGUUAACUAAUCUACUCGAAUCAAUUUUAAAUCCGUAUCACGUCGACCACGAUCAACCUUGCGGUUCAGCUUCUAGCCCGAACUUAUUGCCUCUUUUGCUCGUUUACGAUGGAUCAGGAAGAGCAAUAGGCGCGAAAACCGACUCGUCCGAUUAUCCCGAGUGCGCAUCGACGUGCAACGUUUCUGGAAGUAAUUAUUUAGCCCUCAAAAGGACGGACGAUAUGUUUAAAGGCGGUUCGGAGCAAAGCAACAACACUGAGCAGAAAUUACGAGAACCAGGUUCUAUCGGUACGGCCGUUGAAUGGCGAGAGCAAAAAGUACGAAAGAAAACACCUAAAGAGUAAACCUAAGCAUUUCCAAUAAAUUAUUACCUCGACUUACCUCCUUUCGCUCUAUAAACCUUGAAUCGGUCAGGUGAGCGGAGUGAGUAACGACGCGCCCCCAGAAAAAGAUGCCAGGAGC